UUCUUUUUAUAUCCGAUGCUGGUGGGGAUCGAACCUAGGGUUCUUGCGACGGAGAGAGGGCGGCUGGCGAUUUGGCGGCGGCGGUGGCGAUGUCGUCGUCGUCGUCGUCGAUUGCUUCCUCCCGUUCACGCGGCGGAGGGACUCGACGGAGAGUGGCUGCAGUUAGGUCGCCAGUGCCCUAUCGGGAGCAGCCCAUGGACUACGAGCCAGCGGUUUUCUGCGAGCGCUGCGGGCGGAAGGCGCCGCGGUGGAUAUCAUGGAGUCCGGCGAACCCAGGAAGGAGAUAUUACGCCUGCGUUGAAGCUCAGACAACACGGUUUCAUCCAGUGGCAUGACAAUCCUACAUCUCCAUUUCUUCGUGGAUUGCUGGGAGAUCUUCGUGAUAGGGUCUGGAAUCUUGAGGAGUUUGUAGCUGCAUUAGGUGAUGGACAUGAUGGUGCUUUCGGUGUGGAACUCCAGAAGAAAAAUGAAGAAAAUGCAGUGGCAAGUGCUGGAGUAUUAGUUUGUAAGAAAUGUGUUAGUAAAUGGAUGAUGUUGUUUUGUGGCAUCAUGCUAUUUCUCUCUGGUUUAUCUGUAGGGAUGUUCUUAUCUUAGUUUAUGUGGUUGUGAGGCAGCAAUGUACUGAAUUUAAAUCCUAGAUCUUGACAAAAUGUGUAGUGGAUGUCAGGAAGUGUACUGAUAAUCAGUUUGCGAAGACUGCCAUUUGUCUGAAAUAAAAUUCAGUUUG